CGUUGCUCUGAGGUGUGGGGGCCGGCCAAUGGGCGGGCACGUUGUUGUUGUCGGGCCGGCCGUUGUUUGGUGUCGAGCGGGGCCGGGCUCCGGGGAGUGGUGAGGAGCGGGCAGCCGGGGCCGGGCAGGUGGAGGUUCACCAGCUUGAACAAUGAUUUGUACUUAGAACCAUAAAAAGCAGGAGGGAGGAGGAUCCGCAAGCAAAACAUCUAUAUUUGGAAGCCUGUUUCAUCCAGCAGCUCUCAGGAACAGCCCCGCAGCAGCCUUGGUGCAGACAAGAGGAUGAAAUCGCACUCUCGGUGGGGGACUAAACAUGGAGAUACGCUGCGGCGGCCUCUUGUUCAGUUCCAAAUUUGACUCAGGGAACCUGGCCCAUGUGGAGAAGGUGGAACACCAGGAUGGAGAGGGGGACGUAGCUGGGAACAACAGCAGCAGCAGCAGUACUACUGUGUCUGCGGUGUUUGGCAGUUCCCUGCCCACGGCUGACUAUGAAUUCAAUGUGUGGACCAAGCCCGACUGUGCUGAGACGGAGUAUGAAAAUGGGAACAGAUCCUGGUUUUAUUUCAGUGUGAAGGGAGGCGCUCCAGGCAAGCUGAUCAAAAUCAACAUCGUGAACAUGAACAAGCAGAGCAAACUCUAUUCCCAAGGCAUGUCGCCUUUCGUUAGGACCCUGCCUGUCAGGCCCCGCUGGGAGCGCAUCCGGGAGCGGCCCACCUUCGAGAUGAUGGAGACCCAGUUUGUGCUGUCCUUUGUGCACCGCUUCCUGGAGUACCGUGGCACCACCACCUACUUUGCCUUCUGUUACCCCUUCUCAUACACGGAGUGCCAGGAGAUGCUGGCCCAGCUGGACAGCCGCUUUGAGGAGUGUCAAUACAUGUCACCCAGCAGCACCCUUGACUCCAUCUAUUACCAUCGAGAGCUGCUGUGCCGCUCCCUGGACAAUCUGCGGGUGGACUUGCUCACUGUCACCUCGUGCCAUGGCAUGAGGGAGGAGCGCGAGCCCAGGCUGGACAGCCUAUUCCCUGAUGAAGCCACUCCUCGUCCGCAUUGCUUUGCAGGGAAGAGGGUCUUCUUCCUGAGCAGCAGAGUUCACCCAGGGGAAACGCCCUCCAGCUUCGUCUUCAAUGGCUUUCUGGAGUUCAUCCUGCGGGAGGACGAUCCCCGAGCCCAGAUGCUGAGGCGCAUGUUCGUCUUCAAGCUCAUCCCCAUGCUGAACCCAGAUGGCGUGGUGCGAGGCCAUUACCGAACUGACGCCCGGGGGGUGAACCUGAACCGCCAGUAUCUGAGCCCUGAUGCAGAGCUGCACCCUGCUGUGUACGGAGCCAAAGCCGUGCUCCUUUACCAUCACAUCCACAGCCGUGGCCCACCCGGUGCUCCUGACUGGAGGAUACAUGCCUCCCCGCUCACCUCCAGCUCGCUAAGCACAAAAUCUUCCAACCAUUCCAUCCGCAACUGCACCGUGGCCCCGGAGGCUCCUCUGUCGGAGCUGGAGAAAGCCAACAACCUCCGCAACCACCCCAGCACCCAUCUCACGCUUUCUCAGGACCCCCAGCCGCUGGAAGCACCUGCUGCUGAGCUGGGGAACAAGGACCAAGCUGUGUGGAUCUUGCCUUCGGAGCCCACCGGGGAGCACUGUGAGAGGGAAGCCGAGACCGCCCCGUCAGUGGCUCCCCUGGAAGCCGUCCUGCCCCAGGAGAGCGGGCUGGCGUACUACGUGGAUCUGCACGGGCACGCCUCCAAACGCGGCUGCUUCAUGUACGGCAACAGCUUCAGCGAGGAGAAUGCCCAGGUGGAAAAUAUGCUGUUCCCGAAACUCAUCUCCUUGAACUCAGCUCACUUUGACUUCAUGGGCUGCAACUUCUCCGAGAAGAACAUGUACGCCAGAGACAAGCGGGACGGGCAGUCGAAAGAGGGCAGUGGCCGAGUGGCUAUCUACAAGGCCUCGGGCAUCAUUCACAGCUACACACUGGAGUGCAACUAUAACACUGGGCGCUCGGUGAACAGCAUCCCCAUGGCCUGCCACGACAAUGGGCGGGCGAGCCCUCCACCCCCUCCAACCUUCCCCACCAAGUACACCGUGGAGCUGUUUGAGCAGGUUGGACGGGCGUUGGCCAUCGCGGCGCUGGACAUGGCAGAAUGUAACCCCUGGUCCCGGCUUGUCAUGUCUGAGCACAGCAGCCUCAACAACCUGCGAGCCUGGAUGCUGAAGCACGUGCGCAACCUGAAGGGCAUGGCUGCCUUCUCCCGCAAGAAGGGCUCCAACGGGCUGCCCGCCUUGAGCUCCGAGAAUGCCCUCUCCCGGGCCAGGAGCUACAGCCAUGGCACCAGUGGGAGCAGCGGCAGCCAGCAGAACUCGCCCCAGAUCAAAGCCUCACCCAGCUUCACCUUCAGCUGUAACAGGGCUGGUGGCCCCGCAGGCGGGAGUCAGAGCCCUCAGAAAGGCAGCCCGAGGGUCCUGGCACCAGUGAGAGUGGUCUUGCAAUGAGGACAGCGCCUGUUGACCUCUGCAGCCCACUCACUCACCAGACCUUUGCAGGGGGUUAGCACCAGGACUUCCAGGAAGAGGAGCUCCAGAUCCCGUCACAGACAACUCCGGUGCCAAGAAGCCUAGGUCACCACAGAGACCUGCGUUUCCAAAGACCUCACAGCCCCAAAAGGGUACCACUGAGGUGCCAAGUUCUCCAGGUACAGAGAUUUCAGGUACUUUUAAGUCCCACAGUACCCAGCAUUAUUUGGUAUUGCCCAGGCAUGAUCGUGGUGCAAGGGAUUCUAAGGACUCUGCAUCAAAGAAAUUGGUACCGAAGGUGGGUCCUGCUUCCAUGUGAUCUACAGUAUCCAAGUUGACGUUGCAAACUGAUCAACUGGUGCUAUCAAUGCCAACAUCAUCCUUGGUACCACCACUUCCCACCUCAGAGCUUCGCCAGGUUUCUGUGCAGAUUCACUGGUACCGCAUGCAUUUCAGGUUCUCCAGAGACUUGUUUGUCUCAGAUGAACCCACCUCCUUCCUACUAAAGAGUACACGGAGACUCUUGGUACCGGAAUGUUGUCUGUCACUGCAUCAUUCUCUAGCACCACCUUGUUCCCAGGUACCCACUAGAAAAGGACAAGCAACCUGCUUUAACACCAGCCCUUCUGCUCCUCCCAUGGACUAUGAGCAGGAUAGCUCCUCUAACUCUGGUUUCCAUGUGAGAUUCACUUAGUUCCCAGCCCAGAGCUACCUCUCUUUUCUGAGAGAGAAACUCCAAGACACAGACAGACUGCUGUCACUCCACAUUCUUCCUGGUAUGAUCAACCCUGGAUGCCCCACUUUUUCCUUAUGGCCCCCCUCAGUUGCUGUAUUGGGACUCAAGGGGGUGCUUAUCGGCAACAAUUCUCCAGAGUGGCCAGCUACACUGGUGAUGACCACCAGAGGAGUGAUCACCAACUCCUCCUGUCCCUCCACAUCAGCCUCUGCACCUUCGGAGGAAGCUACGCCAAUAACUAACCUCUCCUGCUCGCCCCGCAUACACAGAUUAUUUUAAACAGUUCCAGGAGCUUAUGAAGAGGAUCUAACUCCCUCCAGAUCCCCUUGGAGGAGGUCCAUGAGACCCACCAUGAACUUUGAGACGUCCUGUAUACUGCCACUUUGAGUCCAGUAGCUUUGCCUGUAAACAAGGCUUUACCUGAACCUCCCAAAACAAUCUGGCAGACCCUGGCCACCAACCUCCAACUGGUAAAAGGGCAGAUCAUGUUCCUGAUAAAGGUUCUGAAUUUCUGCCAACCAUCCCCCAGCACCUAACUCCUUGGUCGUGGAUGCUGUGGCUGAGCGAAGUAGACAACCCCACAAGGCCACACAGCAUAGUAAAGACCCCAAAUGCCCUGUUGUUGUGUUUUUAGGCUCGUUUAGAUUAGGGGUUUUGCACUGAGUAGGGAUACUUACAUCGCCGACCUGGUGGAUCGCAGCAUAAAGAAGCAGGUUUAAGAGAUGUGCAUUGUGCCUGAAAUGCCUAGGUGAGACUCAUUCUCUGGCACCUGGUGCUAGCUGCAGCACACUUACUCCUUGGCAGACAGAACAGACUUCUGACCCUUCUGUUACAAGAGCCCUAAUCAGUCGAACCUCUGGGCUCCGAUAAUUGGAAAGGAAGGCUAGGAGACCUGAAUCAGCUCCAAGCCCCAGCCGGCGAAGGGAAACUGGGUUGACCUGGUGGCGCGGAAGGGACUUUGAAAAAUUCCCCCGGCCCGGAAGGCAAACUGGCCACCAGGUCACCCCCAUUGAGACUAUUAAGCCUCCCCCCGGACCUGCCGGGGUGGGGGUCGACUAUUAAGCCCCUCCCGGACGUUAUACCCCCCUCCCCACCCUUUUCAGGGACCCUUCCCAGGAGAGGUUAUUGAUGACAUAAUACAAGCUCCGUUGCAAGCAGGAGCUAUAGAAGAAGUAUGAUUAACUUCCAGAAACACAGGGUUGUAAUCCCAAUACUUUCUAAUCCCAAAAAAGAAUGGAGAGCUCUGAACAAUUCUUGAUCUCAGAGCUUUAAACGGACGCAUUAGGAAGAGUCAGUUCCGGAUGCUAACCCUGGUUGUGAUUAUUCCUUCCCUGUCUACUCUGGUUUGGUUCGCUGCUGUCGAUCUCAAAGAUGCACACUUCCAUAAGACCUUCCCAUUGCAAAUACUUACCUUUUACCCUUGGUCCAGAGCACCACGCCCAGAGUUCAUACCCAGCAUCUGGCUCCGGCAGCAGUAUAUCUGAGCCGAGAAGGGAUUUUCAUCUUCCCUUACUUAGAACAUAAGAACGGCCGUACCGGGUCAGACCAAAGGUCCAUCUAGCCCAGUAUCUGUCUACCGACAGUGGCCAAUGCCAGGUGCCCCAGA